AUGGAUAUCAGCGCUCUCUUAUCCCCGACUACCACGCCAACCCCGGGAACAGCAUCUCCGACAAAUUCCUCGCCCGUGCCCGGUCAAAGCACUAGCACUGGCACUGGCGCUGGCCCAUCCCUAGCCGGCCACCAGAACUACGGCCAUCCUUCCAUCACGCGCCGGGAAUCUCAACCAUCACCAUCACCAUCCUCUUCUUCCUAUCACCAUCCCUAUCACCAUCCUCACCACAAUCCCCAUCAUCACAAUUCUCACCAUCAUCACAAUUCCCAUCAUCAGCAGCAUCAGCAGCAUCAGCAGCAUCAGCAACAGCAGCAACAGCAGCAACAGCAGCAACAGCAGCAACAGCAGCAACAGCAGCAACAUCAUUAUUAUCAGCAGCACCAGCAGCAACAACAGGAACAGCCUUACUAUCACAUUCCUGCCCCUCAAUCCCACACCUCUCCCAUUCCUGCUCCACUAUACUCUCAUUCCCACACCCCACAUCAGGAGCCACAAACCCAGCAUCAGCAUCAACAUUCAUAUCAAGCACUGCAGCAGCAGCAGCAGCAGCAGCAACUUCAUCGACCGUCUUUAAGCGAGAAUCGAUCCCAUUCUUCCUCGGCACUUCACUCGAGGAAAUCCCAGUCCCAGCAGCAAUACUAUACAUCUCAUCCAGAUGUUCGAAGGGAGUCAUUGCCAACUGUAACUGAGAAAGUUGUUUCUCCUCCAGCUCCAGCACGACACCAUUCCCUAGGAUAUAUCGAUAAUCCGACCUUUGCACCUUCUCCGUUAGCUACUACUCAGAUCUCGACAUCAACACCGCCUGCAGCGGCCGUAUCUUCACCACACCCACCUCCUCCGCCGCCACCACCACAGGCGACACAAGGCAGAAUACCAUCAUUUAGCAGUGAUCGUGGACCGAUUUCAAGAACUGGAUCUACGGCUUCUAUGGUAACUAUGGACGAAGAACGUGUAAGAGCCGACCAAGGAUCGUCAUCCAGACGUGUUUCUCGAACAAAAUCCAGUGCUAGCGUGGAAAUGGCUGUUCCGGAACCUACACCCUCGCCGAAGGACGCGAGCCCCGAGUUAUUCUUCGAUGACGAGGACGAGGACAUGGAGAUGGACGAAGAUGAUGAGGCAACGCAACCAUUGGGAGAAGCCGAGGUUGAGAGAUUGGCCGAUUUGAUUGAGAAAUUGGAUCGUGCGCAUCUGAGGGAGGAAACAGAAAUAGUGGAUGCGCCACCGUCGUAUAACGAUAGCGUGGAAUGUAUCGCCCUGCUGAGGCGUGGAUUUGUGGCGUCGAAGUUUAGCGAAAACUAUGAUUUUAAGGAACGGCUGAACGAGGAACGUGUAAGGAUGCUGAGCAUUUAUCCGUUGACUGAGGAGAUGUGGGUGGAUUGGUUGCACGAUGAGGCGAUUCAUGCGGAUGAUAUUUUGGGCAAAGUUGGGGUUAUGGAGUUGUGGGCGAAAAGUGUGGCUCAUGAGGCGGGGAGUGUGACCCUAUGGAAGGGUUACGUCAAGUUCAUUUUGCGAACGUGGAGGGAAGCCCAGCGGAGAGCUGAUACAGAUGGUGCAGAUGAUGAGGGGUGGGCGGAGACGUUCAAUUUCGAGCUUGUGAACUUGGUCCUUUCGAAAGCGGUUGGGGAUACCAUGUAUAAUGUUCCAAGGAGUCAUGAGGUCUGGAAUAAGUAUUGUGAACUUCAGAUUCUUCAGCUGAAGGCGAUGCCGCCUGGCUCGCAAUCCAAAAUUGAGAAGAUCCAGCGACUCUAUCUCGACCGUCUGCAGAUUCCUCACCAGGACAUCGACUCGACAUUCUCUGCGUAUAGUAGUUUUGUUUCGACAUAUUUACCGUCUUCCGACUAUGAAUCUAUCAUGCAGGCUGGGAACAAGGUCUACCAGAAGGCGAAGGAAGCUCUCGAAAAGCGACAGAGAUUUGAGUAUCGUCUUCGCAACAGUUACGGCCAGGAUGAAGAAGGACAGGCUUGGUCUGAAUACCUGGAGUGGGAGAGUAGCCAGAAUAACCCGGACUUGGGUAAGGCGCUUUAUCAGCGAUGCGUUCUACGAUAUCCUACGGAUAGCGCCGCAUGGGAAGAAUAUAUCUGCUUCAUGCUGGAAAAGAAGGGAUCCGAUCCCGAUGUUUUACCGCUCUUGGAGCUCGCUACAGCUCAUUGCCAGUGGUCUGGUGUACUAUGGAGUCAUCGAAUUCUGGCCUUCGACGUUCGGCAGCAACCUCUCGAAUCGAUCGAGCGAAUUAAGCACCAAGCAACGACAUCACGGUUAAUGGAGGAUAAGGAGGAGAACUUCAAGGUUAAUCUGGCUUGGUGUGGGGUUCUCAAACGGAGGGGUGUCGCCAAGGGUAUCGACGAUACUGAUUUCGAUAGUGCGCAACUUGGUCUUCGGUCUGCUGUUUCUGAAUUCGGUCCCAAGGGCGUGGACAAGGAUUACCGUAUCGCCCGGCUUUUGGUGGCAUUCCUUACGGAAAUAGAUGAUUUACCUGAAGCCGAGAAGGUGUGGAAAGAUCUCGAGACAGAUAAGGAUAUGGGUCGCUCUGGCGAAUACGAAUUUUGGCUUCGUUAUUACGGAUGGGCUUUCCGGAACCUCGGCAACUCUGGUGCUGUUGCGGUCCUGAAGAGGGCCGUGACCUACUGGGAAACGCUGGACUGGCCGGAAAAGAUCAUUGAUGUCUAUCAAAACCAGAUAGAAGAACAUGGGGAAGGGGCUGCUAUUGAGGGCGCUAUGAUGGAGAUCCGGCGGCUUCGGAAACGGGUUGCUCGGAGGCGUCAGCAAGAGGCCUUGGAGGCUGAACAAGUCGCCCAAGCCCAAGCAGUCGCCAUACCUGUAGGGUUUGAUUUGAAGGGCAAACGUCGGAGAAGCACCAACGUCGAGGAGGACGAUGAGCUACCCCAUAAGAAGGCUAGAGCUAGCGAAGACAUAGAUGUCGGAUCCAUCCCUCCUGUAUCUGAGGAAACCGAGGCAGCGGAGGCUGAUCAGAACGGCGAGUCCUCUGCUGAGAAGGAAAAGAAGAAUACUCGGGAUAGGGAGAAGUUGACUGUUUUUGCGAAGAAUCUUCCUCCUGAUGUUGAUGAGCUUACCGUUAGGAAGUUCUUCAAAGACUGUGGAACGAUCAAUGCUUUCACCAUGAUUGAGGCCGACGACAACUCUGCCACUGCGAGCAUUGAGUUUCAGAAUGCGGCGGAUGUUCUAGCUGCCCAAACCCGCGACAAGAAGAGACUAAACGGACGAGAGAUUACUGUCCAGCUAGGAUUCAACACGACAGUAUAUGUCACUAACUUCCCUCCUACUGCAGACGAAAAUUGGAUUCGUGAGUUGUUUAAAGAGUGUGGGCCCAUCUUGGAGGUUAGGUUUCCAAGCCUCAAGUACAACAAUCACCGCAGGUUCUGCUAUGUUCAAUUUGAUGCAUCUGAAGAUGCGGAGAAGGCAACCGAGAUGAAUGGGAAGGAUGUUGAAGGGUUCAAGCUCGUUUCCAAGCUCUCUGAUCCCAACGUGAAACAGGAGAGAUCCGGUGCUGUUUACGAGGGUCGCGAGGUUUUCGUUCGUAAUAUCGACUACGCAGCAACCGAAGAUGAUAUCAGGGAGCUCUUCAGCAAGUAUGGUACCGUAAAGUCCAUCCGGCUGAUCAGCAAGGGUAGGGGCGUCCAUUCUGGAUACGGAUUUCUUGAUUUUGAAACUACCGAGUCCGCAAAUGCCUCCCUCGAGUUACAUGAACAGAAAUUCAAGUCCCGCAAGCUACUUGUGGUUAUCAGUGAACCACAAGGUGGGGCACCAGCGAACAAGAAGUCUUCUGGGAAGACACAAGCGAAAUUCCCGAAUGGCGCUGCCGGUUCGCCGGAGGUUGCGGGGUCGCCGAUGUCGACUACUGCUUCGGAGCUGCCGGAAGCGCCGGACACUGAUGCUAUCAGACAGAAGACGCUCUAUGUUCUAAACAUUGCGGAUACCGUCAAUGAUAGCAAGAUCCGAGCGGUGUUUGAGAAGUACGGCUCUUUGCACAAAGUGCAGAUGCAGCUGAACCACCAAGCCGCCAUUGUUGAGUUCGAUGAGGUCAAGGAUGCUGGUAAAGCCAUGUUGGCUCUGGAUGGGCAUGAAAUCGACGGACGUGCUAUUUCUUUCGGUAGUCGUCAGGCUAUGCUUAAGACUGGUGCAGAGCAAAAGGCGAAGCCUGGGCUGAACCCCUUUGCGAAGAAGAAGGAGGACAAGAAGUCGACUACUGCGGCGACUAGCCUUGCUCCUGUCAGGGUUCAUCGGCCCGGCGUCGCUGUUAGAGGCGGAAAGACCCGUAUGGGAUUGGGUUUCCGUUCUUCGGCGCGGAAGGAUGAGGAUGAAGAGAAGAAAGAAGGGGAUACGAAACCGAAGACGAAUGCAGAUUUUAGGCAAAUGCUCUUGAAAGGGAAAGCUGAUGAUGAAGAUAGAGAGUGA